ACGAGAGGGAAGAAAGGAGGGCGCUCUCCGCCAAUCAGAGGGCGCCUCGCGCUCGCGGGGGCGUGGCCUUGGCGCCGUUAAGAUGGCGGCGGGUUGGAGCUGACUCCUGCUGAUUCCUCCUCUGGAAGGGCUGAUCAAAGGCCUCCAGCAGCAGAUGAGCCUCUAGAGCUGGAAGCAGAGCUGCAGGAAGGCGCAGAGCCAUGGCAGAGAGCUGCCCUCCCUCCCCUGGGCUGCGGCAGGGCUCGAGGCAGGAGCCGGUCCCCAGGGCCAAGAGGCUCUCGGAUUCCACAGCGCAGCUGCAGGCCCUGCAGUCAGCCAAGAAAGCCUGCGUGCUCGGCCGUGACUGCAGCACUCCAAAGCCAGCAGGGAAUCCUCUGCUCCCUUCCCCAGGCUCUGGCUACUCUCUUUUCCUGGAUGAGAGUGGGCAGGAGGAGCUUGGGGCCGGUUUUUCCGUGUCCAAGUACAACGACGUGGCCAUUUCCCUGGACAUCAGCAGGUGCUUCGACGACAGCGAGCUGGAUGAUUCCCUGCUGGAGCUGUCAGGCAGUGAGAAAGGGAAUUCUCCCUUUGAUUACACGGAGGAAGAGAUCCAGGAAAUCUUGGCAGAUGAUUCCAUGGAGGCUGAGCAGCAGCAGCUGGCUGCUGAAAGCCACCUGAGCCAAAGUGAGAGUGGGAAGAGCGAGCAGGCCCAGAGCAGCGGCUGCACCGUGGGGACGUCGCUGAGUGAGGCCUCAGAGGUCACACAGGAAGCAAAGGAAGCCCAGGAGCAUCCCUCAGGCAGCUCUGGGUGUGAUCCUGGCUUUUUGGGUGGCACUGCUGCUCUGGAUGGGGCUCAGAGGCUGCAGCAGGAGCUGGACCUUGACCUGCAGGAGCUGCUGAGCCUGAGCCCGUUCGCUGCCGCCUGCGCCGACGAGGCUCUGGAGGAAAACAACCUGGAAAGAGAAACUUUGGAUGCCAUGAUAGAUGAUUGCUUGGGAUAUUCCACAGCUGCUGGGAGCUGCAUUACUGAAAUAUCCUUAGAAAGGGUGAUGCCUAAAGGCCAGGAAAGCCUGGCUCGGGAUUGCCUGGGAAAAUCCGUGCUCUCCUCCGGCAUUCCCUGUGGCCAGAGCAGAGGGGAUGAAAGUCCAGCAUCUGUGUUGCCACUCAAAAAAGAACUUCCCAAAGCAACAGUGAGCAGUUUGUCAAGGAAAUCAGGCUCUCCAGAGGAUGCUGAAGGGGAAUCCAGAGGAGCUGAGCAGCCACCAGGCAGCACUAAAUUAAGGGACACAGCUGUAGGCCAGAGUGGGCAGGAAGAGCCACCCAGUUGGAAGAAAAGUGGCAAAGUAAUUCCUGUCCCAGAGGAGGAGGAAGAAAGGCCAAAACAACGGACCUGCAUUUCAGAAGCACAGCCUGAGCAAAAGAGACGUUUCUCUCCAGGCUGUGCCAAUCCAAGUGAGGAAAGAGCCCGAAAUCUCCCAUCCCCCAGGCCCAUGUGUCCCAGCCCUCCCCGAUUCCGCCGCACCUGGGGCCCUUUUGGCAGGAGCAGGUCGGAGCCUCCGCUGUGCACCAAGAAAUCCUGAGCUCUGGAGAUGAUCCUUCAUCCCUUCCCCGUGCUGAGAACCCCUCCCAGCCUUCCA